GCUUGUCUGAUGAUACCCACCUGACUUUUGGACUCAACCACCCCAGCCACUUGUCUCAGGUACAAGUCGUUGGAGGCGUUAUUGUGCCGAGCGACGGCGAAUGACAUGGCGUUCUGGAAGCCUUCAUCAUUCGAGUCUAUGUCGCUUAUCCCCCCUGGAAUCGACACUGUCGCAGCUAUGGCGACUGCGAAGACGGCGACACUCAGCUUGCAGAUCAUUGUUGCUCGGCAGCGCAGCGACAGCGACUUAUAUGGACUCACUGAAUCAACAACAAGGGUCCUGCCCACUUAUAUAACCUCUGACGUCACGGGCACCGCGGAUUGGCAGCUGCGAAAGCCAAUCAUGGCUUCUCAUGACCGACCUCGGUAAAUUAUUAUUAUUAUUAUUCUGUUUAAUGACCUUAUUUAGUGUUUUUUUAUCGGUGCCCGAGCCGUUUAUAAGCGAAUGCCAUGCAAGCCACCAGGUGCAGUCUGCUAAGGGAAGACAUAGGUUCGCCAAACCUGGACGCGGAAGACGUGUUUGACCUGCGCCCCAGUACGAACUGACUGACCGCUUCCUUCCUUCCACCCGACAUGGAGACGCUACAGGUUCUACGGGACGCCUUCCACGAGCUGGACGCCGCCUGGUGUCGGAUGGUGAUCGGUUCGGCGGUGGCCGCGGUCGGGAUCCUGGCGUACCUGUUAGUCAGACGCCGACAGGUGAAAACCAUCCCACUGGGCGACGGCUGGUGGGGCGAAGGAGAGCAACCGGCCCAGGAAGACCGCGAGAUCCACCCGUUUGAAGUGAAAACUUCAGACGAGGAGAUUCAGGACCUUCAUCAGCGCAUAGACAGGAUGCGCUACACCAAGCCACUCAAAGACAGUAAAUUCCACUAUGGGUUCAACUCCAAUUACCUGAAGCAAGUGGCGUCGUACUGGAGGCAUCAGUUUGACUGGAAGAAACAGGUGGCGAUGCUUAACAAGUACCCACACUUCAAAACCAACAUCGAGGGUCUUGAUGUGCACUUUGUCCACGUGCGAGCUCGCCCUCGCCCGAAUCAGAAGGUCAUUCCUCUGAUGCUCGUGCACGGGUGGCCGGGAUGCUUCUUUGAGUUCUACAAGAUUCUGCCGCUGCUCACCGAAGGCACCCAGAGCAUCGUCUUUGAAGUCGUCUGUCCCUCAAUCCCUGGCUUCGGCUACUCAGAAGCGCCUCAUAAACAAGGAUUCAGCAGUCUCGACGCUGCCAGGAUUUUCCUGAAACUGAUGGAGCGCUUAGGCUUCUCUCAGUUCUACCUGCAGGGUGGAGACUUUGGCUCGAUGGUCACGACAAACAUGGCGCAGAUGAAGCCGGAGUGUGUGAAAGGUCUUCACCUGAAUAUGCUGAACUUGUCUGGCGGAUUCAAAGUGCUGAUGUCACUGCUCUUUGGUCGCUACCUGCCCUUCUUGGUGGGUCUGACUAAAGAGGAUGUUCAGCGAAUGUUUCCAUUCUAUGACAAGUGCAUUAGUGUCAUGUUGCAAGAAGGUGGCUACUUAUUCAUCCAGGCCACCAAACCGGACACAGUGGGAUGUGGCGUGAAUGACUCCCCCUUGGGUCUGGCUGCCUACAUUCUGGAGAAAUUCUCCACGGCAACCAACCUUGAAUACAGAGACCUGGAAGACGGAGGGCUGGAGAGGAAAUUCAGCCUGGAUGACCUCUUGACUGUGAUCAUGAUCUACUGGAGCUCAGCAUCCAUUGUGUCGUCCAUGCGCUUCUACAAGGAGAAUCUGAAAUCCGGUGGAAAAAGAAUUGAUGCAAAAGUUGGGAUUUAUGUGCCGACUGGAGUCGCUGCCUUUCCAAAUGAGGUGACACAUAUCCCUAAAUCCUGGGCGCAGAUUCGCUUCCGAGACAUCAGGUCCUACACCUUCAUGACCAGCGGCGGUCACUUUGCGGCCAUGGAGGAGCCGCAGCUGCUCGCCAAUGAUGUUUAUCAGUUUGUUCAGAAGGUGGAGAAGUGAGGAGUCACUUUGGUGCAACUGCUCUUCGAAUGUGCACUUCAGCUGGGUGGUAGGACCACAUGUUCAUGACAUAUAUUUUUAAUCAUAUCGGUUUUCUGGUAUUUUUAUAUAUUUUUUUUUUUUAUGCAGGCGCGUUCUUGCACAAUAAUUCCUCAGUUUCAAACAGCACAUUAUCAUCAUGGCCGAAUCAUGUUAUAACCAUGACAAAAGUCAUCUACAUUUACUGUGCUUGUUUUAAAAAUGCUGACAUAUACAUAGAUCUUCCGUUUGCUGACAUUAAAAAUGCUUUAUUUGUGAUUAAUAUUGUGAAUAAAUUCUUGUUUUUCUUGUAUAAGCUUAAUUUUCAUGGUCAACAUUCAGACCGUGUGACUCACAUCUCGACCAGUAAGGAGUCACCUCACUGCACAUCACAUUCCUGUAAUCCUGUUUCACAACAGCCUCUUGUGUAAUUCAGUUUGUUUAUUAAAAACAUUGAUGCA